AUGGCGGAAAAAGAUGUUGUGAGAUCCGGCAUUUCGGAAGUAGAACAUGAUGAGCGGGGUCGAGAGGUCGAACCCCAAACCACGAGUAAGAAAACUCGACAAACUCGAAGUAAGAGCCGACCACCAGCCCCUACCGGUGGAUCUCUUGAGGAAGUAUUUCUCAAUAUGGGGGAACGCAUUGAAGUAGUGGAGAAUUCACUCUCAACCCUUGAAGCUCACACCUUGGAACAACUUGAUGAUCUCAAGGAAGACCAAGGCGCUUUAAGGGAAGAAUAUACGAGGUUGGAGGUUAAGGUCAUGGAUGCUGUCAAAGCGAUCCAAGACCAAGUGAACAAGCUUUGCGCGGAUAUGCAAAGUGGCCUAGACGCUUGUAAGAAGGCGUCAACCAGUGCGGGUACUAGCACGAUGCUAGCGGCUCCAAGGAUCGACUAUCCAAAGCCUAGGGAGUUCGAUGAAAAGCGAGAUGCAAAAGAGCUAGAUGAUUUCCUAUGGCGAUUGAAAAUAUAUUUUGAGGGCGUGAACAUUUUGGAUGAAGCUAUUAAGGUACGUACUUCGACUAUGUAUCUUACGGACACCGCGGCUCUAUGGUGGCGACAUAAGCACGCCGACAUAGAAAAGGGUGCUUGUAGGAUAGAUAAUUGGGAUGAUUUCAAGAAGGAAUUGAAACGCCAAUUUUAUCCCGAAAAUGUAGUAUAUGAGGCCCGUAAAAAGCUUAGGGAGUUGAAACAUAAGGGCACUAUUCGUGAUUAUGUCAAAGAGUUUACUACCCUUGUGUUUCAAAUCCCGAGCAUGUCAGAUGAAGAUCUAUUGUUUCACUUUACCGACGGAUUGCAAAAUUGGGCGAAGCAAGAACUUCAACGUCGGGGAGUGAAGACAGUAGACGAGACUAUUGUGGUGGCCGAAUCUUUAACCGAGUUCCAAAGGAGCACGGAUUCAUCAAAAUCUUCUAAAAGCUUUAAGAGUAACUCGGCUAAAGGCGGGGGAGAGAAGAAAGAUUACCAUAAGUCAUCAUUCUUCAAAGGUGGUAACACUUACAAACCUUCCCUCUCGCGAAAAAAUUAUGAGGAAAAGAAGAAGGUCUCGACGGGUUCUCAAAGUGGAUGCUUCGUGUGCAAGGGGUCACAUUUAAUGCGUGAUUGCCCUAAACUUGGCACAUUGGCGGCUAUGGCAGAGGAACGGGAUUCAUCCUCUCGCCAAGAUCAAAGGACGGAACAUUUUAGUUCAUUGCAACUUCUUAACGCUCUCAAUGCUAAGGUCGUCUCGGCUUCUAAUAAUGAACGAGAAUUAAUGUAUGUGGAAGCUCAAGUAAAUAGUCGGCCCGCACUAGCAAUGGUGGAUACGGGAGCUACCAACAACUUCAUUACUGAAGAUGAGGCUAGAAGGUUGGGCUUCACAAUCACCAAAGGUGGUGGUCUUAUGAAAGCUGUGAAUUCUCCAUCCACGCCCCUUGGUGGCAUAGUUCGAGGAGUGGAAAUUCAAUUAGGCACUUGGCAUGGCCAAGUGGAUUUUUCGGUGGCUACAAUGGAUGAUUUUCGCUUGGUUCUCGGGUUGGAUUUCAUGAGGAAGGUCAAUGCUAUUCCUAUGCCUUCCUUUGGCUCGGUUUGCAUCUUGGAGAGGGGUUCUCCAUGCAUGGUUCCUACGGUAGCUAAGACGAAAGCAAUAGGGCAGCUUUCGGCCAUGCAACUAGCAAAAGGGCUAAAGAAAGGAGAGGCGACGUAUUUGGCAGCCUUAAAAAUGGAGGACCAAGUUGAGGAAGUUGUGGGUGACGAUAGUGUGCCCGAAGUCAUCAAGAAUGUCCUUGAAGAAAAUAAGGACGUGAUGCCGCCGGAGUUACCCAAGAAAUUACCACCUAGGAGGGAGGUGGAUCAUAAGAUUGAGUUGGAAUCGGGUGCCAAACCACCAUCCAUGGCACCCUAUCGGAUGGCACCGCCGGAGCUGGAAGAACUUCGAAAGCAAUUGACGGAGUUGCUUGACACAGGGAGGAUACGACCUUCGAAGGCACCUUAUGGCGCUCCGGUCUUGUUUCAAAAGAAGCAUGAUGGAUCGUUACGCAUACUUGGUAGUGCAAAAUAUUACACAAAGGUGGAUCUACAAAAGGGAUAUUACCAAGUACAGAUUGCAGAAGGGGAUGAGCCUAAGACAACAUGCAUCACUCGAUAUGGCUCAUUCGAAUGGUUGGUAAUGCCUUUUGGCUUAACCAACGCCCCGGCCACAUUUUGCACAUUGAUGAAUAGGAUUUUCCAACCUUACUUGGACAAGUUCGUGGUGGUAUACUUGGAUGACAUUGUCAUCUAUAGCGAUAACUUGGAGGAUCACGCAAAACAUCUCCGAACGGUGUUCCAAACAUUGCGGGAGAAUGAGCUAUACAUCAAAAAGGAGAAAUGUUCCUUUGCCAAGGAGGAGGUGCACUUCCUUGGACAUAUCAUUGGCCACGGGCGCUUGAAGAUGGAUGAGGCAAAAGUAAAAGCAAUCAAGGAGCGGGAAGCACCAACCAAGGUAACCGAACUUCGUUCUUUCCUUGGUCUAGUUAAUUAUUAUCGGCGGUUCAUCCAAGGCUACUCGGUGAGGGCAGCCCCACUAACGGACCUAUUGAAAAAGAAUAAGACAUGGGAUUGGUCCGAGAAAUGUCAAACGGCCUUUGAUGAUUUGAAGGCGGCCGUGAUGGAGGAACCGGUCUUGGCAUUGUCGAAUUUCACCAAGACCUUUGAAGUACAAACAGAUGCCUCAGACUUUGCUAUCGGGGGUGUCCUAAUGCAAGAAAGGCAUCCUAUUGCUUUUGAAAGUCGUAAGCUCAACGACACUGAGCGUCGGUAUACGGUGCAAGAAAAGGAGAUGACGGCUAUUGUUCAUUGCCUACGAGUGUGGCGUCAUUACUUGUUGGGCUCAAAAUUCAUCAUCAAGACGGAUAAUGUCGCUACUAGUUAUUUCCAAUCACAAAAGAAGCUGACUCCCAAGCAAGCACGUUGGCAAGAUUACUUAGCGGAGUUUGACUAUGUGAUGGAAUACAAGCCGGGGAAGGUGAAUGUUGUAGCCUAUGCGUUAAGCAGGAAGGCGGAGCUUGCAGCCAUAAGCCAAGCCAAAGGGACGUUGCUUGAUUUGAUUCGGGAAGGCAUGGAUCAUGAUCCCUUGGCUAAGGAGUUGUGGAACAAUUUGUGGCGAGAUAUCAUCAAGGAGUGCCAUGAUACAAAAUGGGCUGGUCAUCCAGGGCAGAAACGCACAUUGACACUACUUGAAUGA